GCCAUACCCUUACAAGAUUCUCUUUCAUUCUCUAUUACUCUAUUCUUGAUACUGCUCUUUCUUCUCUCUCUCUCUAAAAACCUUUGUCUUGGGUGCUUUUCUAUCCAUAUGAGCUUAUCUAAACCCUGAAAAGGUGAUAUUAUCAUGGUUCAAUCAUGCUGAUGGUGUAUGCUCCGGGAGCUAUAACGAAGUGCCAGAUAUAUCUAGACUCCAAUACAUUGCCUGUAGCAUCCUCAUGCAAGAUUACACAUGUGAAUUCCUUAAUUAAUACUUCAAUCUGUCCCAGCCUGUUAAGGAACCCUUGUAGUAAUAUACAUAUGCUGCAUAAUUCCUCACUUUCUUGGAAAGGCCGUAAUCAACUUACAAGUCAUCAUGUAUUGCAUCACGUUGCUUCAAAGAGAUGGCUGUGCCGGUUGGAUGAUUCCAUUCCUGCAGAUGAUGAAUACCGUUCAUCACGCAACAUAGCAAUCAGUUUGUUUAAGCGAUUCAAGAAUGCUGUUGAGCGGGGAGGAGGUGACAACCUAAAAGAGUUCAUAAGUGCUGGGGUGAAUGCUUAUGCACUGGGCUGUACUGAUGAAGGAUUAAGGAAAGAACUUAAUGAUCUGAGGGAAUCUGGUGUUGAAAUUGAAGCAAUGCAAGGUUAUGGUGGAACCACCAGUUUGAAAUCCAAGAUUAUUUCGGAGGAGGUUGAUGAGUGCAUUUUCUGGUUGAGCAUUAUAUUCAUCACCAUCAUGUGUACACCACAGCCUACUAUUGUUAGAUGGUCGUCUACACCUCCUGUGUCAGAUGAAGUGAGGCUUCAGUGGAAAGGCUUUUGUGCUAUAAUAGCAAAUGCAUACUUUAUGAGGGGAAUGGCAUGGCUUCCAGUAAAGACUCUUCAACUAGAGCAAAUGGCAGUGGUGGGAAGAGCUGAGGAGCCAUCUGUUGUUGCUAGCCGAAUGCGAUUAGUGUUUAGCACACUUGAGGUGGUGAGUCCACAAUGGCCUAAAGUGUAGUGCUCCAGUACUGAGAAAACUCCAUUUUCCUAAAAUCUGAUGUUGGGCUUCCAGUUCCAUUUGAAGUUGUAAAUUAGUCUAUAAGAAUCAUGUGGAAGUUUUAUUUUAGAAUUAGUAGUUGCUGUUGUUGUUUUUAUUAUUAUUAUUUAAAAAAAAAAUAUUUAUUGAAUUGUAGACUUAGUACAUACUGCAAUACUUACGAAUAUAUCGCUUGAUUUUCUUAU